ACCAGCAGAGCAUCAGCUGUGGCGUGUCGUGGAGUGAGAAACUUCUCUCCCUCCUCCUUGUUGCCUCUCUUUCUUCUCAUAUUCCCUCGGACACCUUGUCAUCUAACUUUUCAGAGACGCAGUGACCGGUGAACAGCAGCUGGCUGUACAGGCGAGGGUUUCGUUUGUUUAUUUUUUUUCUUCUGACCUAUCUGGACGCUCUCCGGAGGAUUUCCUUUUCCAGUUCAUGCAACUGGAGUGACUCGACCAACUCCCCCCUCACCCCACCCCACCUCCGAAUCCCUGCCUGAGGAAUGAGAGGACUGCUGGAGAGGAAGAGCCGAAACUCGCAUGUUUGAAUGAACAAAAGAACAGAAAGCGAGGCUAUCGCUCCCGGAAUGGAGGGAAAUAUUCUGCCUGCAGCAACAUCUCCCUGCCCAGUUCUAAACACAAACCCUGUGAGACCUGAUCCAGAGGGGGAAAGCAGUCCUUUGAAGACGGACAACACCGAGAGGAUGGAUUCUCCAGCUAAGAAAGAUACAGACCGAAGACGGACGACCCCUUCAAAAUCUGACAUUAUCUCUCGAUCACCUGCGUCACCAGCAUCACCAGCCCUCAAGUCAAAACGAGAUGCCAUGAAGUCAGAAGACAGGCAGAAGCUUGCAAAAGAGCGGCGAGAGGAGAAAGCGAAAUAUCUAGCGGCCAAAAAGACCCAGUGGCUGGAGAAGGAGGAAAAGGCGCGGCAGCUCAGGGAGCAACAGCUGGAGGAACGACGCAGGAAGCUCGAGGAGCAGCGGAUCAAGGCGGAAAAGCGGCGAACGGCCUUGGAGGAGAGACAAAAACAGAAACUAGAGAAAAACAAAGAACGGUAUCAGGCGGCCAUCAACAGGUCAACAAAGAAGACGUGGGCAGAAAUCCGACAGCAGAGAUGGUCGUGGGCUGGUGCACUAAGCCAGAACUCAAGCCAGAAAGAGGCGCGCAGCCUUGCGUUGAGUCCGUGGGAGAGCAGCAUAGUCGACCGGCUGAUGACACCAACUCUUUCUUUCCUCGCCCGGAGCCGCAGUGCUGCUAGUGUCCUCACAAAUGGAAAAGACGGUCACUCUCCUCUCUGCCCUCGUUCAGCCUCAGCAAGUCCGUUGACCCUGUGUGGCCAUCAGCCGCACCACCGCUGCUCUGACCGCUGGAGGGUGACGUCCAGCUCACCAGAUAUCACCCAGCGUCAACGCAGGCGGAGCUCCACACCUAUGGAUAAAAACAAGAAGGAAAAGAAAGACAAAGAAAGGGAGAAUGAAAUGGAAAAAAGUGCCAUCACUAAAGAAAAAGUGCUGAAGAAGAGACAGUCUCUACCUAGUAUGAGACAUAGACCUGAUCCAAGUCCUAGUCCUUUAUCAAGACAACGGCCAGCGUCCCCUGCCACACCCAAGGGCAGAACUGCCUCUCCCAGCCCUGCUGCCUCCCCCAAGCCUCCGUCAGCACGCGGAAGCCCGUCGACCCCAAAGGCCCGGCCCAAAAGAGCCAGGACCCCUGCCAGGAUAGACCACCGGACCUCUUCACCUGCCCCUCUUGAGAGAGUGAGACAGCCCCAUAGGCUAGCCACCCCAGAAGAGAAAAAGAGUUCCCCUGUGGCUCCUGCCAUUGUUGUAUCCUCAGCUACUGCCAAUGCAUCAGGCACACCAGUCACAGCCAGCGCCAUUUCCUCCUUGCCCGAGCCAGCCAAUUCCUCUCCCUCUGUGCGUGCAGUGUCACCUGCACCCUCUCCAUCCGCUAAGCCCAUGGCAGGCACGAAUGACCCAGAAGAGGCGGCUCGUAUUCUGGCAGAGAAACGCCGACAGGCCCGAGAGCAGAGGGAGAGGGAAGAGCAGGAACGCCGCGAACAGGAAGAGAAAGAGAGGAUCCUGAGAGAGGAACGCUUAGCGAGGGAAGCAGAGGAGAGACAACGCAGGGAGGAGGAGGCACGGGCCAUGGCUGAGGAGCAGAGGAAGAGGGAUGAAGCGAAGAGGCUGCAAGAGGAGAAGGAGGCUCAGGAAAGGGCCAAAGCUGAGCAUGAGGAGAAUUUACGGCUGCAGAAACAGAAAGAGGAGGCUGAGGCUAGAGCUCGGGAGGAGGCGGAGAAGCAGCGCCUGGAGAGGGAGAAACACUUCCAGAAGGAGGAGCAGGAGAGGCUGGAGAGGAAAAAGCGACUGGAGGAGAUCAUGAAGAGGACACGGAAGACAGAUGGAAGUGACAAGAAAGAGACCAAGUCCUCCCCACUCGCACAUGUCAAUGACAAACAGGCAGAGAGUAGCAAAGCAUCUGCUGACUACCAGCCAACGCCUGAGGUCAGCAUUCCCAACAACAAAACAGAAAAUGGACAGGCCGAUGUCAAGGAAAGCCUCUCAAUCCAAGCAGUUAAUGGGGUCCAGGCUACGAAGCUUGAAAACGGUCUUUCGACGAAAGAAGACACUGUCCACUUGGAAGACAUCAUCCAUCUCACAAAUCACGGCAACUCCACUAACGGAGCCCUGGACAAGUCUGAGACCAGCAUGCCCACAGAGCCCAUCCUUUCUUUUGAAAGCGAGGAGUCAUUCAUGAAAAAGGCAGGCCCAAUGAAGCCUCAGCAUGCUGCGGAGGUCCUGUGACAUAUUCCAGCGCUGAAGUGCUUGUUGCCUUAGGCCACUGACCUUUCCUAGUCCUGCCAAAGCUCGCAUUGCGAGCCCUGUGACCUGUGCCAAUCAAAAAAAAGCAAGCAUACUUCCCUCCGAAGAUAAAGUGGGUCACAGAAGAAGAUGACGACAAAACAACUGACAGAACAGGAUGAAAGGUGUUGCCGCAUACGGCACCGUUGCUAUCGUUCAUCAAACUCUUUGCAGCACCGAUUCCAUGCACCUUGCUACUCAACAGUAUCAUCCUUUGUACAUUAUAGUACAGCUGAGUAAUGAUUACAGUAUACAGAAAAAGAACUGUUUUCUUUGCUCUUUAGUUAUUUAACUAAAAGAAAAAAAUUAAGACUGGGUACAACUUUGUGUAUAAUGUAAAUGAACUUUACGUAUCGGGAAAAGGAAGGUUGGAUCAGUGGAUUAAAGCUGUUUGAAAGGGAGUCAUUUCAUGCUACUCUAUCAUGAGUAGAUAUGAAUAAAACCCAGAUACUGUACAUCCUGGUUUGUACAAAACUACCUGUACCGGUUUUUGAAAAAGGUAAACUGAGAAAUCAGAAGAUCUGAAAUUAAACGUCACAAAGAAUGGCUUGUUACUUUGUGUAAACAUACUGUUGGUUCAUGUCUAAACCUCAGCUAUGAUUGAUUGUAUGCAUAACUGGAUGUAAUAAUAAAUCUGCAACCUUUACAAUUAAGAAACUGUAAGACAUCAAAGGUCAAAUGUCUGUAAACGGAGAUCUCCUCCACUAUUUAACAAUUGAAGCCGUUUCCCUCCCCCACAUGUGCAAGCAUGACUUUUUUUUUUCUCAUUUGAAAUUCUGGCGCGUGUAUAUGCUAUAGAUAUAUUUUGAUGUGCGAUGUAAGGCCAGUGGGAAUAUCUCAAGUCUUAUUAAAGACAAGUGGUCCAGU